AUGUCUGUAUUUGGCAUUGACUUCGGCAAUUUAAAUUCCACUGUUGCCAUCACGCGUCAUGGUGGUGUUGACAUCGUUACAAAUGAAGUAAGCAAACGAGAGACUACAACUAUAGUCUCCUUCGUAGAGAAUGAGCGUUUCAUUGGUGAACAAGGUGUCGACCGCUAUGUGCGCAAUGCGCAAAAUACUGUUUUUCUGCUUAAGCGAUUCAUCGGUAUGCACAUGGAUGACCCUCAUCUUAAUGCAGAGCGGCGAUUUUUAACAUGUGAAGUAAAGGGUGACGAAAGUGGUCGUCUCAUGUUCGGAGUGAACUACUGCGGUAAUAUGACCUACUUCUAUCCAGAGCAAGUGUUGGCAAUGCUGCUGCAGCGACUUCGCGUAUACGUAAAUGUGGCUGCAACGACUGAUCCUAAAGUCCCCGCUGACGCCCGUGACUGUGUAUUAACAGUACCGUGCUACUAUACUGCAGAACAACGACGACUGAUGUUGCAGGCCUGUGAGAUCGCCGGACUUAACUGUCUCUCACUUGUUAAUGAUACCACAGCUGCGGGAAUUGACUAUGGUAUCUUCCGUGGUUCCUCAUUGGGCGAGACAGAGGCAGAAGGACAAGUGGUCGGCAUUCUCGACAUUGGAUAUGGCACAACAGUUUUUUCUGUUGCAAAAUUCUGGCGCGGUCAUUUGAAGGUUUUGGCCCGUACUUUUGAUCGUCACCUCGGUACUCGUGAUGUUGAUUAUGAACUUUUCAAGCAUAUGGUAGAAGAGGUAAAAACGAAGUACCAUGUGGAUGUUACCAGUAAUAAGCGGGCAAGUUUGCGUCUUUUACAGGCAUGUGAACGACUCAAAUAUCUUCUUUCAGGUAAUCAGGUGGCACAACUUCAUGUGGAGAAUAUUAUGGACAUUGACGUUAAUAUUUCAUCAUUUCAACGAAGCAAAAUGGAAGAGCUUUCAGCUGAACUUUUGGAACGCUUCAAGGCAGUUGUUAAACGCGGUUUUGAUGAAUGUGGGGUACCUCCGGCCAAAUUUCACAGCAUUGAAAUGAUUGGUGGUGGAUGCCGUAUUCCUAUGUUUAAACAGGCCACAGAGGAAUUGCUAGGACGAACUCCAAAUUUUACACUCAAUGCAUCUGAAACUGCUGCACGUGGUGCAGCAAUUACGGCUGCUGUUUUUUCACCUAAAUUUAAGGUACGGGAAUUUGUUGUAAGUGAUAUACCAACAUAUCCUAUUAAACUUGGCUAUUAUAUGGAGAACGCUAAUAGCACCAGUUCUGUGCCUUUCCUUCCAGAUAUUAAUAAGGUGGUCACAGUGCUUGGUCCCAAUGAUCACUAUCCCAAGGUUCUGGAGAUUACCUUCAAGCGACCUGGUGGCUUUAAAUUAUACGCAUUUUACGACAAUGAGAGUCCCCGUGUGAAGGAAAAUAUGCCACUUGAGCAAUUUGUAAUUGGUGAAUGGGAGAUUGGAACACCACGUAAGGAUUCUACCGCUACAGAAGUGCGUGUUUGUGUACGACUCCAGCCAAAUGGUCUUGUUACUAUUGAUUCUGCUGUUUCUGUUGAAGUCUAUGAAGUGGAAGAACCUGCAACAGAGGAUGAUGAUAAAAAGAAGGAUAGCAGCAAGAAUACAAAUGACGGAGCCAAUGAAGAGACUGAGGGUGAGAAGAAGGUACCUGAGAAGGUGAUGGUAAAGAAGCAAAAACAACGACGAGUGGAACUCAGUGUUACACCACGUCUUGAUAUUGUUGGUUUUCCUCCUUCAAUGGUAUUAUUGUUCCAAAAACAGGAGCAAGAGAUGCAUGAUCGUGACUUACUGCUCACCAAAACACGUGAAAGCAAAAAUGAAUUGGAAAGUUAUAUUCUUGACAAUCGUCCUCGCAUCGCUGAAGGAGGUGUGCUUGCGGAAUACGUAACAAAGGAUCAACAAGCAAAGUUUGUUCAACUCUGUAACGAAUACGAGAACUGGCUGUAUGAUGAUGGUGCCGAUGCAGAUCUCGCUGCCUACCAGGAGCGUGUGAAUACACUGCGCGAGAUUGGCGAUUCUGCAAGCGCGCGUCGCCUGAACUACGAGGACGUCACCUUUGCCCUGACGACGUUCAAGAACGAUGUGAACAAGGCCCGUGAGUCGGCGCUGCAGGCGAUUGGCAAGAUGGAGCACAUCACGGAGGAGGAACUGCGGGCCGCCGCCGCGACGUGCGACGAGGCGCUGGCGUGGGCGGAGCGGGAGGUCGGGAAGUACUUGCAGGCGCCCAAGACGGCGGCGCCGACCAUCACGCGGGCGAUGCUGCAGGAGAAGCUGCACAGCGUCGCGGAGGGGGUGCGGGCCGUCGUGCAGCGGCCGGCGCCGCCAAAGCCGAAGGAGGAGAAGAAGAAGAGCACCGAAGAGAAGAAGUCAGCGGGCAGCGGCAACGAGGAGGCGGCGGAGGGAAAUCCAUCACAGGCAUCCGCAGAGAAUGAAGAGGCACGAAAAGGUGAUGAUAACCUCGACUAG